AAUAAAAAAAGUGAAUGAGGAAAAACUCGCUUAUAAAAAUGGACCAACAAGAUUCAAAACAUGUAAAGGAACAAGGAGAAACAUUUCAAGAAGCACAUGUAUACCUUUCCUUAGCAGAGGCAUACACAUCGAACAACGAGUUUCAACCAGCGAUUGACCACUAUGAGAAAGCUUUGGAAAUUGCAAAGGAGCGUGAAUAUAAACUACAGGAAACACAGGCAUUACUUGGGUUAGGACAUGCGUAUAGAGGGAACAAUCAGUUUCAAACGGCGAUUGACCAUCAUGAGAAAGCUUUGGAAAUUGCAAUGGAGCAUGGAAAUAAACGACAGGAAACGAAUGCAUUACUUGGAUUAGGAGAUGCGCAUAGAAUGAAAAUUCAGUUUCAAACGGCGAUUUACUACUAUGAGAAAGCUUUGGGAAUUGCAAAGGAGCAUGAAAAUAAACGACAGGAAACGUAUGCAUUACUUGGGUUAGGACAUGCGUAUAAAGGGAACAAUCAGUUUCAAACGGCGAUUGAUCACCAUGAGAAAGCUUUGGAAAUUGCAAAGGAGCAUGAAUAUAACCAACAGGAAACAGAGGCAUUACUUGGGUUAGGAUAUGUGUAUAUAUGGAACAGGAAGUUUCAAACGGCGAUUCACCACUGUGAGAAAGCUUUGGAAAUUGCAAAGGAGCAUGAAAAUAAACGACAGGAAACGUAUGUAUUACUUGGGUUAGGAGAUGCGUAUAGAUGGAACAAUCGGCUUCAAACGGCGAUUGUACACUAUGAGAAAGCUUUGGAAAUUGCAAAGGAGCAUGAAUAUAAACAACAGGAAACGGAUGCAUUACUUGGGUUAGGAUAUGCGUAUAGAGAGAACAGGCAGUUUCAAACGGCCAUUGACCACUAUGAGAAAGCUUUGGAAAUUGCCAGAAAAAUAAAACAUGUUGAAACAGAAAAAAGAUUAUUACUUUCCUUAGGACAAUGUUAUCAAUUGAACAAUCAGUUUCAAAAUGCUGUUCAGUGCAUUGAAGAAUCCUUACAAAUUUAUGAAGAACCAGGAAAUAGAAAUCACGGAACGGCGUCAGAGAAUACAAAGAAAAGCUUGUCAAAAUUUAUCGGUAAGUGUUUAGUAAACUCGUCCGCUGCUUUUAUAACGUCUCUUAUUACUCUCUCUUAAAGGCUCAACUUGUGAUGAGAUAUUUAUUUAAGUGACCUUUUAGGUAUUCUUAUUAAUGAAGUAUUCUCCAAUGCGCAGUCAUUAGUUAGAUCAUGAGAAUUCCCAUCGUGGAAGCAACAUCAUAUUAAACUAUCCAAGUAUCAACAGUUUGGAUGAAAUAUAUUUAAAUUGUGAGAACGAAAACUUUUAUUUCCGUCAGGAACAUUUCAUAGGUUUUAAUUUGCUCAGUCAGUUAUGUCCAACUAAUGUCACACUCUGGUUGCCAUAGCCAUAGUUUAUUAAGAUCAGUGCUUUCAUUUGCAAGAAAAUGUCGAAAAUCCUGUCCUGGGGAAUGGAAAAUCUGAAAAACUUCUGAGGGAUGACCUCAAACCCCCUGUUCCUUCUACUUCGCAUAAAUUUAGGUAAACUUCCGCUUUGACAAUCCCUCCCCUGCAACGUCCAUAAUCAUUCUGGCCCGAGAAACACACAGUCAUUUAAGAUAAAUUAUUGUAAUAUCAGUUUUAAACUAGGUAAAAUUCAUCAACUUUAGUGCAAGAAAAUUUUGUCAAAAAUAAGGAAGUCAUGAGCAGUUGGGAAGGAAAUUAUUUUCUUGGGAGUGGAAGCACUGAUGAUGUUUACGUAGUCCACUAUAUUUGAGCAGUGUUAUUUUACACGAUGCUUGAUAUUUGUUAUUUAGGGAUCGGUCGUUGAUAAUGGGAGGUGGGCGGUGAGUGAGAAAAGAGGGAAUUGAAAAAUAUGUGACAAGGGGCGGCCCCAAUUUUUUAAUGUUGAAAACAUAUUAUAAAACAAAACAGUUCGACUCAAAUACGUCUUUUGGAGGACCUUUAAAACUUAUUCUUAACUAAAAGUUAAUUUUAUUGUUAAAUAUAAAACAAUGCAGAAAGGUUCACCAUUCAAGGAUACCUUUUGGUAUAAUUUUACAGUAACUGAUUUAUUAAAAAUAUACCAUUUGUAACAAGUUAAAUGUUGGAGGAGGGGUCCUAAAUUUUCUAGAUGAAGGUGAGGGUAUCUUGAAAAUAAAAGUCUUUCGAUUGGUAGGCUCUAAGAAAUGUUCAAUAUUUGGUCACCGCCACUCCCCCCCCCCCUCCUUCCGCUCCCAUUGUUAAUGACCGAUCACUUAAUUCGAGAAUUUUUAAAACAUAUUUAGGUGCAAAUGAAGAGAGAAAUUCAGAGAAUGCUGUCGUAAUUCAAGAGCGAGAGCCAGUUGCAGGUAAUCCUUUUUAAUAUUUUUAUGUUAAGAUAGAAAAAUAUUUCCGUGAAUGCAUGUAGUUUUUCUGAGCCUUGUGCAAACAUUGCAUGCUUCAAUUCGUGCACUAUUAUGGGCAUAAAACUGGGUUUCCCACUUAAAACGACUUUAAAACGCGACAUGUGUAUAACGGAGAUCACUACCGAAAACGUUCUACGCUUUGCGCGCGCGCUCUUGUAUAAUACGAUGUAUUAAAUGUUACAGUUUUUGCAAUGGAAUAUACAAAGUUAACUUAAAGUUCUCAUUCGUUUCGCCUCUGCAUGUUAUUUCGGCUCAUGCAAUUGUUGGUCAACUACACGUGCAAUCAUACUGGCAUGUUUGCAAGUUUGCCAACUUGUGAGGUGAAUUAGCUGCAUGGACCGGCCAGCCCAUGCAGCUUCUAUAUAAACUCCAUUGAAUGACCUUUUUUGAUGCACAGUUGAAACGUAGAACAAAUUGCCUUGUUUGAAGCAUUUACCUUUUUUCUAUUUUGUAGGGAGCACAGAGUUGUGGAAAUGGGAAAAGAUUUCGAUAGUUCAUCGAGAAAAGUUUAUUAACCUGCGCGAAUAUGGAAAAACCUCUCCGAAAAAGAUCAAGGAGGUUGGCGCAGUACGCUUUUGCUGCAUGAAACAGUUUCUCAUUGGUAAAGGAACUGAUGGUACUCGAGUUUAUGUAGGAUUAGGGAAAGAUGGAUACGAGAGGGCUGUGAAAUGUUUGCCCAAAGACGCUUUCGCUGGUGACUUUGCUAAAAAAGAAAAGGAACUUUUGAACGAACCCAGUGCAAAGAAGUCAAACCAUGUGAUAAAUUAUUAUUUCUUUGAUGACAAAAGUGACGACGAGUAUUUCUUUUUAAUCAUGGAUUUGUGCGAGGAAACAUUGGAAACUUUUGUUCAUGAUAACAUUUCGGAUGAUCUGGUAAAGAUUGCGCCAGAAAUAAUUGAACAAGUUUUGAAGGGAAUAACUGAUCUCCAUCGCGAUCCAAAGCCCAUUUUGCAUCGAGAUGUAAAACCGGCCAACGUCUUGCGAGACGUGGAAGGCGUUUGGUUGCUGGCAGAUUUCGGUAUUAGUCGACUCUUGGCGGGAGGUGCCACUACCCAUCAAAGCAAGCCGAUGGGAACGGAAGAUUGGAUAGCUGUUGAAUCCCAUCCUUCGAAUCCUAACCUUAGCAAGACUGAUGAUGGCACAGUACGCUACAAGAAAGAAUCCGAUAUUCAGGUAGGGAUUUUUUAUAGAUAUAGUUCUUGAAACCUUUAUUUUGUGAGUCCUAAACAUGGCGGCUGAACAAACAAACAAAUCUAAAUUAGACAAUGUUUACCAAAAGAUUAAAUUUUGUUAAAGUUAGAUUAACCAUCAGUUUUUUCUAAACCAAGCAUUUUUAAACUAAGUUGUAUAUAUACAACAUAGUUUUCAGAGUUUUAAUGCUAACGCCAGCAAUAUUUUUCAAACUUAAGCAGAAUCAUUGUUUUCUUAAGCAGAAUCAUUGUUUUCUGGUAUGAUCGACUGCAAGUUAAUUGCCUCUGUCAUGCUUAGGUAGCUGGAAUAGUUGCGUUCUAUUUUGCAACGAAAGGUGAACAUCCCUUUGGAGAAGAACGAUACCGACUUGACAACUUAUUUGAUGGUAAACCAGCAGGCAUUUCUUUACUUUUUGCAAUUAGUGCAGCCCUAAUAAAUUUGCCAUGUUCAAUUUUGACUAUAGGAAUGUACAAGUUCAGCGCAAUCCUGUACCCUAACAUCGUAACCAAAUAAAGAAGUUCCCUUUGGUAAAGCUGAUGUUUAAUUAACCAAAAUGGUUUUGUUCUUUUCAAAAUUGAAAUAAACAACGUUUUUCUAAUAAUGCUUUCGUCAGCGUUAUUCUUCAAAAAAACUUGGUAAUUAAAGAUUAAGAAAUAAUUGUGUCGAAUCAAAAUGUUGGCGAACACGAAUUUUGUAUUAUUCUGUCAUAAUAUUUAUGAAAAUAUAUUUUCUUACCUCUAAAAAUAAUAAACCAAUUUGCCUCUAUCAUAUUUAGGCAGCCGGAAUGGUGGCAUUUUACAUUGUUACGAAUGGUGAACAUCCCUUUGGAGAAAAACCAGACCGACUUCGCAACUUACUUGAUGGUAAACCAGUUGGCUUGGAAACGUUGAAAAAUCCUGUCUUGAAAGAUUUGUUAUCCUGGAUGCUGAGUUACGAUACCAAAGAUAGACCGUCGGCUGAAGAAGCACUAAAACACCCUUAUUUUCAGUCCGCGAAACAGCAAUUUGAAAUGCUGUGCAAAGUGGGAAGCCAGCCUGAGAUCAAGAAAGGGGAUACCAAAUCAGAUGUCGUGCGAAAGUUGAAUAGCGAUCCCAAAGAUUGGAGAUCUCUGUUAAAUGCCGAUAUUCUGCAGUAUUUAAGCACUGAUCCUUUGAAGGGGUACACAUUUUGUUAUAAGUCGUCGUGGACGGACUGUUUGCGACUUAUCCGAAAUGUCAAGGAACACUGGCAUGACCGUCCAAGGCCGCGACCCGAACUAUUCUAUUCAGUGGGCGAUCCACAAGAGUACUUCCUUAACCUUUUCCCCAAUCUUCCUGUGGAGGUGCACAUAAUUGUGAGGUCAUGUGAUUGGAAAGAACGAUAUGACCUUCAGGAGUACUUCAUAUAAGGUACAAUAUGAGGCUUAUCUGUGGAUAAACUAUAAUCUGAGAAGUUGUUUCGGACGAGAAAAACAUUGAUUUGAAAGCUAGGGUAUAUAUAGUGCAUUUGCAUAUAUUGCAUUUACUGUGCAUAAAUGAAGCCAAUGGCAACCAUAUUAUUGUUUUGCCAACCACAAAUCUAAUGUGAAAUGAAAAAGGAAUGACUUUGAUAUAUUUUAGAUUUAUAGAUUUUGAUAUAUAACUCAAUUUGUAUACACUUAUUGGACGAGGUUGAGCAAAAUAUCGUGAUUUAUCAGUGGCGAGCGGAUCAAUUAUUUGCCGAUGCCGAAGGAAGAGGCAAAUAAUUGAUCUGCGAGCCACUGAUAAAUCACAAUGUUUUGCGAUAGCCGAGUUCAAUAAUUGUUUUAUCAUUUACCGAUUAGUAUUUGUAAAUUAUACCUUUGUGUAAAAACUUCCCGUCCUGUUUCCCGGCUUCGGGAUAAAACUUUUCCAGCACCUUCGCAAGUUUAAAACUUUCGACAUCAGAACGACAGAAGCUCAGCGUGCCUUACUCAAUCGUUUUUCGUGUAAAUACCCCCGAGAUAGGUUUAAACCAACUUUUAUUGCAUUUUUUUGUGUUUCCGGCGUCCUUUUCCUCCAGUAAAGAGGACAAAUCGCUUUCCGAUAGCUCGGCAAAACGAACCAUGUUGACAUUACAAAACAGAAGACGAUAUUUUUUAAUUUAAGCUAACAAAUCAUUUUCAAAGUGCGCAUGCUCAAUGAAGUAUUUGCACCAGUUAUUUGCACCUGGGUCGAUAUUUGCACACAGUUAUUUGCAGGUAAAUUAAUAAAUCAAAAUUGAGAAUACUAUAAAGUGAAUAAUAAUUAAAAAAAAUUAUUGGAUGAGGUUUUUGUGAUAUGCGGAAUUAUCAAGGUCGAGGUAAGCGUCUCAAGAACCAAAUUCAAUAAUUGUUUUAUUAUACAUUUGUUGGUGUUAAAUAGA